AUGGAGAAGACAACAGCCAAGUUUGCUUUCCUUGUUCUUCUCUUGGUUUUUGCAGUUGGUGGGGAGAAGAACAGAGUGGAAGGUGCAAAUGAGGAUACUUUGCCGUGCAAGAGCUUCUGCGUACCACCAAAUUGCCAUUGUUCUGAGGGAUCUUGCUUCUGUAAUGGAGUACAGCACUCGUUGGUGGCUGGCCACUUGAUCCCAACUCCUCUAGAGAAUGAAAAAAGAAUUUAG